ACUUCUGAACGCAUCCUUUAGGAGUCUUAUCAAAAAAAUCUGGACACCUAAGAAUCACACAUGAUCUCAGUCUAAAGGAGACUGGUGAUGGGUGAAAACUGAUGGCCAAAAAAUGCAAACUCGAAUUAAUUAAAGAUGGGAUUUUAUAUAACACUGAGCAGGAUCACCAACUGCUUCAACCAAAGAGCAACCUGAACAGGAAUCUGCUGCUCUAAAUCUGCUGGAUUACUAAAUAUUGUUGCUUCGCAGCGCUGGAUGCCUAGAAUAGGCAAAGAGAAGAAAGAGAAUGGCGAAGAUUUGCACAGAACGAUCCUACCCAUCCAGACAAAAGCUAUCGGUCCGAGCCUCUGAAGAUGAACUGGACCAGACUGAAAAUGGUGCAAGCAGGGCACAUUCUCUAUGUGAGGACACCUCCUCUGACAUGCAGGGGAUCAUUUCUUCUGCAACCAGCCAGUUUCAGGAAUCUAGGAGAAGCUCUUUCACAGGUGCUGGGGCUAUGGCAAGGCUCACCCAGUUUCUGUUAAUGCUGAGGAAUUGGGCAUCACACAGACUUCACAGAGAGGUUGAGCGUCCCGACUCCUUCUUGGAGCGAUUCCGUGGACCUGAGCUCAAAGACUUAUCUAGCCGAGGAAGUAAUGCCCGAUCCUCUAUGGGCCUUCCUGACAGGCCUCAUAAGAGGAAAAAAGCCAAUCAAUGGCCUCUGGCAGCUUACAAUAUGAACAAUUGCAACAACACAGAUGACAAAAAGGAAGACAAAAAGGAAGAAAUAAAAAAAGAUGAAGAAAAAAAGGAAGAGAAAAAAGAUGAGAAGGAGGAGAAAAAAGAUGAGAAAAAAGAUGAAAAAAAGGAUGAGAAAAAAGAUGAAAAAAAGGAUGAGAAAAAAGAUGAGAAAAAGGACGAAAAGAAGGAUGAUAAGAAAGAUGAUAAAAAGAAAGAUGCUCCUCCUCCGCCGAAAGAAGUGUGGAUCAUGGAUCCAGCCUCAGACAAGUAUUACAGAUGGCUUUCAGUCAUAGCAGUCCCGGUGUUUUAUAACCUGAUGAUGCUGGUGACAAGGGCCUGUUUCAAUGAGCUGCAGAACUCUUACACAAUGCUUUGGAUCAUCAUGGACUAUACCGCAGACUUAAUCUAUUAUGCAGACACAUUUGUCAGAUCAAGAACAGGCUUCUUAGAGCAGGGUCUCCUUGUCAAAGACUCUAAGAAGUUGAUGGAUCAUUACAAGAAAAUCCCCCAGUUUAAAUACGACUUGAUUUCAAUGAUCCCGACGGAUGUAAUAAUGCUGAAAGUGGGAUUCAACAAUCCUGAACUUCGCUUCAACCGCCUUUUCAAAAUGGCACGUCUCUUCGAGUUCUUCGACCGAACGGAAACCCGAACAAACUAUCCGAACAUUUUCCGUAUCAGCAACCUCGUACUUUACAUCCUGAUUAUCAUUCACUGGAACGCUUGUAUUUUCUUUGCCAUUUCCAAAACGAUUGGCUUUGGGACUGACACGUGGGUAUAUCCAAACAUCAGCCACCCUGAAUACGGCCGCUUGGCCAGAAAAUACAUCUACUGCCUGUACUGGUCCACUCUUACUCUCACCACAAUUGGAGAAACGCCACCUCCUGUUAAAGACGUCGAAUACUUGUUCGUCGUUAUGGAUUUCCUCAUCGGAGUGUUGAUUUUCGCUACCAUCGUCGGUAACGUCGGUGCCAUGAUCUCUAACAUGAACGCUUCCCGUGCUGAAUUUCAGGCCAAGAUCGAUUCCAUCAAGCAGUACAUGCAGUUCCGUAAGGUCAGCAAAGAUCUGGAAGCCAGGGUCAUCAAAUGGUUUGACUAUCUUUGGACGGAGAAGAAAACUUGUGAUGAGAAGGAAGUCUUGAAAAAUCUCCCAGACAAGCUCAAAGCUGAGAUAGCCAUCAACGUCCAUUUAGAUACACUGAAGAAGGUGCGAAUCUUCCAGGAUUGUGAAGCUGGACUUCUUAUUGAGUUGGUGUUGAAGCUUCAACCUCAGGUGUUCAGUCCUGGAGAUUACAUAUGUAAAAAGGGUGACAUCGGCCGAGAAAUGUACAUCAUCAAAGAAGGAAAGCUCGCCGUGGUGGCCGAUGAUGGCGUCACGCAGUUUGUGGUGCUCAGUGAUGGCGCUUACUUCGGAGAAAUCAGUAUUCUUGGAAUCAAAGGCAGUAAAGCUGGAAACAGAAGAACGGCGAACAUUCGUAGCGUAGGCUAUUCUGACCUCUUCGCGCUCUCUAAAGAUGACCUCGUGGAAGCGCUUACUGAAUACCCAGAAGCCAAAAAAGCCUUGGAAGAGAAAGGAAAGGCCAUUUUAAGGAAGGACAACCUUCUUGAUGAGGCAGUUGCAGCCGCUGGUGCUGAUCCCAAAGAUCUGGACGAGAAGAUUCAACGCCUGGAGAGCAACCUUGAACUCAUGACUGGCAAAUUUGCCAAGCUUAUGGCUGAAUACACAUCCUACCAGAGCAAGAUGAAACAGAGGAUCUCCAACAUGGAGAAUAAAGUGAAAACACUACGGGCGGAAGAUCUCUCAGAGGUUGUUGAGGACAAAGAAGAAGAGAAGAAAAAAUAGUCAACAGCAUAGACUUUGGGGUUAAUGGGGUUUCCUAUCCAUGUACAUAUUUCUUUACAUAGUACAUUACUUUUAAACUGUUUAUACUUAUCUAUUUAUAAGUUACAUAUGACAACAUUGUACUAAUUGCCAUAUAUACGCGUUAAAUUGUAAUGCUGAUGUUGUAUUUAUUCAAUAUGUGCAGUAAAAACAGCUAUGAUGACAGAAUGCACAACAGAUACACUACUGUUCAAAAGUUUGGAGGUGUAAAAUGUUUCUUAAAAGACGUUUCUUAUGCUAACCCAGGCUGAUUUUUAAAAAAAAUAGAAAAUACAAUAAAAACAGUAAUAUCCUAAAAUAUGAUUACAAUUUAAAAUAACGACUUUCUAUUUUAAUUUACUUCUUAAAAUGUAAUUUAUUUCUGUGAUGGGAAAUCUGAAUUUUCAGCAUCAUUACUCCAGUCCUCAGUGUCACAUGAUCCUUCAUAAUAUGUUGAUUUGGUGCACAAAAAACAUUUCUUAUUUUGAUUAACUAAUAUAAAUGUCUUCACAUUUAUUGAACAAUUUAAUGUUUUAUUGCUGAAUAAAAGUACUCAUUUUUGAACAGUAGUGUAACUUCGUGGUGUAUGUCAAAAACGUGGUCAAAAAAGGCAUUUCAUACUGUAUGAGGUCUAUUUGUACUUCAGAAGAGGAGGAAUAAUACUCUUAAUUGUUCAUUUGGCAUAAGUAUGAUAACAUAUUCUAAAUUAUUUAGUUCCUUUUGAUGAUGUUCUGAUUCUGCUCGUUAAACAAUUGCAUUAUUUCAAUAAUAAGGCUAAUAGCGCUGCUCGAAAAACAACUUGACAACUUAUGGACAAUAUUAAAAUCAUCCCAAGCCAAAACAUUUUAGUAUACUAACCAAAAGUUCCCAA